AUGGCGGACUUGCUCUCCCCACGAGUCAGCUUCACAACGAUCACUCCUUUUAGAGGAAUUAUUUCUUGUUUGGUACUUUCGGUGGCAUAUGUUGCCAGCUUAUAUGUUUUAAAGUCUCCUUAUCCCAGGUUGGUAAGCUAUAAGAGAUUUUUUCUUCUUUCAGUUUCGGAGUAAUCUGAUCAAAGAAAGUUUUUGUUAGACGGUUCACGUUUAUAACCAAUCAAAUACAGCUUAAUGAAACUUUUCUGUCGAAUCAAAAUUCAUUUCAAUUUACUCAACUUGACUUUAAACUUUUUUCGGACGGAACGAAAAGAAAGCAUUGCCAUCAUUCUACAUUACACAUCCUACGUUUUCCCUGUAGGUCGGUAACAUUAAAAGGGCUUUUUAAAAUUUUCGAUGAAUCUAUUAAAAAAAAAACAAGAACAAAAACAAUAUACAUGUAUACAGGGUUUGCAAUAUAUGUAUGAGUAACUGAAACUGUACACUAGGCUAAAUUUCAGAAUACCCAGCCACUUCUUUGCAUAUGAUUGAAUAACAAAAGUGCAUAUUGUGAUAUACCUCACAAGUAAAUGAAUAACUUAACCUUGUUGUUUUGUUCCUUUAUCAGAGAUCAUCCCAAGACCAUAAAGCAGCGGUUUAGAAGCGUUUUCGUUGUCUCUCUGAUGUCGCCCUUGUAUGUUUGGCUUUGGGCAGAUGGAACAAGUGAUGAGACUGUAAGACUACAGAUUGUUUAUACAGUUAAACCCCUCUUUACAGACACCCGCUUAAUAUGGACAUCUCAUUAUUACGGACAGUUUGCUUUUUCCCUAUGAAAAGAAAGCCCUAACAUUUUCUCUGAACUCAACCCGCUUAAUGUGGACACUUUCUAUGGCCCUCCUAUCAUCUGUGUUAAUGGAGUCUGACUUUAUUUUAAAUGCCACAUAAGUUUCUGUGCUCUCUGUAAUCACACUCUUUAUGUAGAUAAAGUAACAAGGGGUAACAUGGAGUAACAAGGGUAACACGGGUAAAAGGGUGACAAGGGGGGGUAACAUGGGGUAACAAGAUUAACAGGGGUAAAAAGGGGGUAACAAUGGGUAAAAGGGGUAACAAGGGUAACAUGGUACAUUACAGAAAAAAAGAUUAACAAGGCGAGUUUUCAAAACAUGAGGUAACAAGGGUAACAAUGGGUAAAAGGGGAAACAAAGAGGUAACAUGCCAUUGGGGUAACUACAAAGGGUAGAAAAGGUUUAACAAAGGGUGACAUGGGUAAAACAUGGGGUAACGAAUCGUUUUGGGCAAAACAAGGGGCUAGUCAGAAACCAAAGUAUUCUUCUUAAAAAAUCUUCACGGAAAUCACUUUCGAUAAGAUUAAAAGCAGCGUUUAUAAAUAUUAUUAACAAGAGGUAACAAAGGGAUUAGAUCACUGUUUAGGUUUGGGUUAAAUAAGUUAUAGCGUUCUUAAAAAAGGGCUCUUAAUUUUGCCUUAUACUUUGCUAAAAAUCUUAAAUGAAAGGUGCUUUUUUUUAACGAGGUAAAUUUUAAGGGGUAUAAAAGGGUAACAUGGGGUAACAAACUAUAAUUAAAGGGUUGCGCUCAUAUUUCAAGGGUUAACAAGGGGUAUCAUGGGGUAACAUUGAAUUAUUUGGGGUCAACAACAAAUCAAGAUUUUUUCAAUUUUGAAGCGUUUAAAAGCAAAAAGGUAACAUGCUAAUUCGGAGUAAAUUUAACAGUUUUAAACAGACUGAGCUAGGGUUAACAAGUUCUAACGAACAAGGGAGAAUAAUGGGGAACAAGGGUAACAAGGGAUAACAAGGGGUUACAAGUGGUAACAUGGGGUAACACGGGGUAAGAAGGGGAAUCACAUGGUAACAAGGGGGAACAACGGGUAACACAAGGUAACAAAAGGUAACAAGGGAUAACAUGGGGUAACAAGGGUAACAGGGGGUAACAUGGGGUAACAAGGAUAACAAGGGGUAACGAGGGGUAACAAGGUUAACAAGGGGUAACAAGCGGUAACAAGGGUAAGAAGGGGUAACAAGGGUAACAAGGGGUAACGAGGGGUAACCUGGGGUAACAAGGGUAACAUGGGGUAACAAGGGGUAACAAGGGUAAGAAGGGGUAACAAGGGGUGACAUGGGUAAUAUGGGGUGACAAGGAUAACAAGGGGUAACAAGUGGUAACAAGGGGUAACAUGGGGUAACAAGGGGUAACAAGGGUAACAAGGGGUAACACGGGGUAACAAGGGUAACAUGGGGAAACAGGGGGUAACAAGGGUAACAAGGGGUGACAUGGGUAAUAUGGGGUGACAAGGAUAACAAGGGGUAACAAGUGGUAACAAUGGGUAACAUGGGGUAACAAGGGGUAACAAGGGUAACAAGGGGUAACACAGGGUAACAAGGGUAACAUGGGGAAACAGGGGGUAACAAGGGUAACAAGGGGUGACAUGGGUAAUGAGGGGUAACAAGGGGUAACGUGGGGUAACAAGGGUAACAAGGGGUAACAUGGGGUACCAAGGGUAACAAUGGGUAAGAAGCGGUACCAAGGGUAACAGGGGGUAACAAGGGUAACAAGGGUAACAAGGGGUAACAAGGGGUAACGUGGGGUAACAAGGGUAACAAGGGGUAACAUGGGGUACCAAGGGUAACAAUGGGUAAGAAGCGGUACCAAGGGUAACAGGGGGUAACAAGGGUAACAAGGGUAACAAGAGGUAACAAGGGGUAACAUUUGGUAACAAGGGUAACAAGGGGUAAAAAGGGCUAACAAUGGUAACGAGGGGUAACAUGGGGUAACAAGUUAACAUUAGUGUUAAUGUACAGUAAAAGUUGAACCUCACUUAAACUUUACCUUUAUCCGCAACCUUCCAUUCAUUCCCUUUAUUUUUAUUUGCAUGUCAUUUAACUUUUUAGCAUGUACACAUGUAAAAAUAAUGCAACAUUGGAAAUCCAUCUUUGGUUUAUAAUCCUCUAUUAUCUCCUUACAGACUUUUAAGGGCGGCAAGAGUAUAAAACUGUGGGGUAUUUAUUGACCACAGGGUAGAUUCUUGUUCACAAUGACCAAUUAUUUGAGCUGAGUUUAAUGUUGGUUUUGGGCCCAGGUUCUUCUCUUAGUCAGAUCAUUCAAGUAUAUGAGACAGGUUGGCAGUCAAAACUGACCAUGAAUUAUUUCUUAUUACCUGAAAUCUCUGACAUAAAAUAUGAAUCAAUGAAUUCAUUUUUCCUUUUCUACCCUUAGAGAUCAAAUAUGUUAGAAGCACUUUAAGUUGACGGUUUAUUUAACAGAAUUUGCUACCUGUGUGUGUAGAACUCUAUUUUUGGUUUUCAAGUGAUGUCACAAAAAUCCAAACUCCAAAAUUGCAACGACUUUUAAGGUUUUGUUUCCAUCUAGCAAAAUAAUGAUCUCUUAGAAGUAAACUUCUAUGCAAGUUUUUCACGUGAUAGCAUUUUCCGUUUUGAAAAUAUAGCUUUGUCUAAUUUCCCAAGUUUACUCCUUGUGUCAUGACAUCAAUAUUGGCGACCGAGAAGGCCGUCACAUAUGCUAAAAAAAUAAUUUUAUCACAUGAUAUCCCCUUUGAAUGGUGGAAGUAUUAGAAAACUUGUUUAAGGGAAUGAUUUGCUCGUUCGCAGUGAACAACGGAUCAAAUUUGUGGCGAUACUGAAACCAGAUGUUUGCAUUAUUUCCGGCCGCCAUAUUUGUGCUCCUCAGAGGAACACAAAUAUGGCAUCCCCAUAGUGAGCCCUAUAAAUUUCUGUGACAUUUUGAAGAGCAACUCAGAAGUGGAAAACUGUGCAGGCGUGAGACUUGGUCUGGUUUUUAAUUUAUCGAUAUUCUGAAAUCUGAAAUUGUUGGCUUCAGACAUUCCAUGGUUUUGAUUUAUAGUUUUCGAUUGCAUUACAGUGAAAACCACCAAUAGAGUAUUACUCUUGUGUUAUCUGCAAAACACAUAGACCAUUUCCUGCAGAGGUGCAAACAUGCAGGUGUAGGUGCUGAAAAAAUUGCCUGGGUUCUCAGGCGUAUUGAAACACCUCAUUAGUAAAUACGAAUUGUUUUGUCAAGCAAAUGCGUGUGUAUACCUAUUAUUUAAAGGUGGAAAUUGGUGAAAGAUCUUUAUUCUUUCACAGGCAAUAGGAAAACAAUAGAUGCCUAGCGGGAGUAGCAUCACAGUCAAGUCAUUAUGCAGUCUUGAUCAAAGCAAAAAUGAUCUUGUUUGGUUAUGAGUUCUAUAAAGCUCUAAUAAUCAUUAAUAAUAGAGAGAAGGAAAAGAGGAAACCGUUUUUUUUUUUUUUAGGCAAGUGUGCUUGACUUUCCACCCAGUCAAAACAGUGGAUAAAUAGAACCCUUCCCAGUUUCCUAAACAGAAAUUCUCAACCACAAAUACUAUAAAUUUUCAUGACCGGUUGAGAGCUUCAGUUUCCAUUUUUACCAAUGUUAGACCAUUGUAGCCGUUUUGCAAUGUUUCGCAGAGCAAAAUAUCCCAAGCGGCAAGGAGCAAAGAGAGACAUUAUUCACUACAUAGCUCUGACGAAAUUGUAAUGCAGAGCUCCAUUCCGUGAAUGCCUGAGACUUUUAAUCAAGGAAAAUAAUAUAAAUAAAUAAUAUAUAUUUUUGUUUACUCUCUAGGCACUAUCCCUUUGGAAAUAUCUAGGAAUACAUUUUCAAAGUAUAUUCAUUGCAAUUUUGUUCCCUUUACUAUUGACUAUGGUAAGACAAUGUUACGUUAUUAUUCUUUAAUCAUGUAUCUGCUGUGAAUUUGUUAAGGUAAAAUGUACAGGUGCACACGAGCCAAAGGCCCAAACGGCCGGAGCUUAUCCCGGCUUCAUUAGCAUAAAGCACCUAGGAGUACUGCUACUCCCCCCUGGACCAGAUGCUAGUCCAUCGCAGGGUUACCCCCCAGCAGUAUGUCGCAGGUAGCCAUUUAUACACCUGGGUGAAGAGAGACAAAGGCAAGUAAAGUUCAUUGUCUGAGGAAACAACGCGACGGGCGAGGCUUGAACCCCAGAUCUCCAGAUCCGGAGUUCGAGGUGUUAACCACUCGGCCACUCAUGCCUCCACUGAUAAGGAAGUUAUUAAUUAUUAUUAUUAUUAUUAUUGUUAUUAUUAUUAUUAUUAUAAUUUUGAUUUUUCAAAGAAAAUUCUAAACAUUACGUUCAGUGAUGAAUUAACUGGUAUAUAUAAUUUAUAUCUUCUAGAUUUUGUUCUUUGGUCCUACCAUGUUACUGUAUUUUAGUAGGGAAUUUGUCAGUGUAAAAGGUAAGGUUCAGCUUUAAAUUUGCUUGCAGAUUCACAUUUAUUACUACUGUAGCCAACUUUUUAGCAUUGCACAAUGGCUUUUCUUUGUUUAUUUUAAAUCUGUAAACUGAUAAGCAGUGAGGUGAUUAGACAAUAAGAUUGUGGAACUUGCAAUGGACUCCAGUAGCGUUAAAGAGAGUGAAAAUUGAAUUACAACAUUAUUUGAUUGACUGUUAACAAACAUUUUUUCUACCUUUUUUUUUUGUUGUUGUUUGCUGCAGGUUUUCUCGAAUACCCAUCAAGCUGGGUUAAUUCUAUUAAUUUACGGAAUUACCUUGUGGUAAGACAUUCCAUGUUCAGGUUAUACUGUGUGAUUUGUAGCUUAUUUUUAUCAGUCUUCACCUGGUACACUGCAAUAAUAGCUGACUCAUCUCCAUAGUGACUGCGACACAGAAGAGUGUCAGUUCUGUAAGAGCAAUUGUCCCGAUAUAAUGCUUAUGUGGUGUACAUUGUGCCCAUCAAUGAUAACCUCGCUGCCCUCAAAUAAGCACCGCAUUUGAGAGAAAAAAGGUUCUGAGCACUGCCCCCAAAAAAGCGCCGAGACCCUGAUAUAUAAUCAAAAUCAAAAGACGUUAAUAAUACCAUAGUUAACACAAUUCUUUGUCGCGUCCAACUUUCAAAUAAACAGCGCCCUAAAAUUAGCGAGCUACCCUCGAAUAAGCUCCACAUUUGAGGUGUGAAAAAUAAUCCUCUCGGCGUUUAUUUGAGUAAAUAACAUAGUUUAUCAUGGUGUUUUCAAAUCUUUUCCCCUAGGCUCCAUUAAGCGAGGAGUUUGUAUUCAGAGCAUGUCUGCUGCCGAUGUUAGUGCCAGGCUUUGGGAAUGUCAUGCCAAUAUUUAUUUGUCCUUUAUUUUUUGGAGUAGGUAAGACUGUAUUUUCAUGUAACCAUCAAGCCUCUAUCUCGACCAUUUAAACCACGACGUCUGUGCCAGCACUGCUAAUUUACCCACAAGCGAUCCAAACUCACGUUACGAGGAAAGGGUGUAAAGUUAUUUACUUACCAUAGGUGACGCGUGCUGGACGCGCUGGUGUUGGUGCGCAGAUCUCUGUCUUGUAAAUGUACUUCUCGGACAAAAUCCUAUUUUCAACGCUCGCCUCAAGCGCGACAACGGCGCGUCUGUUUCAACUGUUUAUUAAUUAUUGCAAAUUUUACAGCAAGCAAUAUCCAUUGCCCUCAGUUAGCAGAUUAGCUAGUCGAGGAGAGCAGUGGUUACACAUAUGUUAUAUAUAUACAAAUAGCUCACAAGCAAGACUAGAGAAAAAAGUAAAAAAUGUUAAAUAAAUAAAUAAAAAUAACUUCAAUUCAAUUAAGUUUUCCGGAAAUUUUUGUUAUUAAGUCGGGUUAAAUUGAUAUAAUCAUUUUCUUCUGAAAGUAUUCGGAGUAAAUUGUCGCGGACAUUGAUUUUAAAGUUAUUUUUGGGCAUUUUUACGCAUUUCACACGGUAGACUAUUCCAGAUUUUUACACCAUAUCUUGUCUAAUCUUGAGUGUUUAACAUAAUAAUUAGCACAAUUAGACUCUUUUUUCUCUUAACGUGAGUUUUGGCCGCCUGUUACAUGUAUUGACCAGCACAUACAACCACCACCGUAGCCUGCGUAGCAAGCGUUUCCUUUUAUCGUUAUCUUUGGCGUGAAGUAUGGUUGAUGUGUCAGUGUAAGACUUACAAAAAGUAAAAACACGGGGUUACGGUACGUAAUUUCCAAUACAGAUUAAUUAAGGUCAUGAAUUCAUUACCAAAAAUAAUUGACAUAGUUUGCCCUGUUCUUUAGCUCAUAUUCACCAUGUUAUUGAAAGACUGCAGCAUGGGGAAAAUCCAAAAGAUGUCUGGUUUAGUGCAAGUAAGUUCUAGCUGCAGUCAUCUACACUGUAAGUAGCCUGCGAGCAAGCUCUCCCGGGCGCUCUGUCGGCGGGGUGGGAAAAGAAGAAAGGAAAUCUUGCAACUACGUCUCUGGAAUAUGAAUUCCUACUCCAAUUCCCCUGAGGCUCGCUGUCGAUUGAGCUGUCAGAUUUCCGCCAAUCAGCUCGAAGCGGAAACGAGCGCACAUGUAACCAAACAUUGAAAAACACGUGCCAGAGGUAAUGACGUCAUUACUAAGAUCAUUUACGCUAAUCAGCAUUUUACAUCGACUUUUUCGAUGCAGAUAUUUAAGUUGCAAGCUCUCCUUCCUUUUCCCACCCCUCCGCCAGAGCGCCACGGAGAGCUUGCUCGCAGGCUACAGUGUAAGCAGUAGCUAACAAGUAUAUUGACGCUCCUGAUACUGCAUUCCUCGACAUGUAACCAAACACAGUGUCCCUCCCAACUUUACCCGACUGAAGUGUACCUGGAUUUACGAACCGUUCCGACAAUUGACGAAUGUUACCGAAGAUGACUUGUUCUGACUACCUCAGAACAUUGCUGAAGAUAGAUCGAUCAGUUUCGACGACCCUCAAUCUUUUUUAGGGGUUGUCUGACGAUUUGCUAUAGUCGCCAAAGCUUCUAACAUGGUAAAAGAUUAGACAGCGAGAACUGUCUCGUUGAGAGAAAUGUCGGACUACAAGCAGUGUAUCAAAGAGGGGCACACUUUAACAGCGAGACAUUUCGUUUUUGUUAAAUGUGUGAUGAUUAAUAAAACCGCAGAAAUGCUGUUUAGACGUGAUCUGUGCGCAUGUGGAGUUGCGCAUAAUGGGUAUGAGUUUGCAGAUGUAGGCUCAGUAACUGAAUAGAAUAAUGAUGGAAAUUCAUCAAUUUUAUGUCAAGCCAGAGUUUUAAUGUAUAUUAAUGGUUUCCUUUUUAGUCUUUCAGUUUGGUUACACAACAGUCUUUGGAUGUUACUCUGCUUUUUUGUUUUUACGAACUGGUGAGUGUAUUGCUGUGUUUCGAACCCAGAGUCAUGCACAAAUUAAACAAACAACUGAACAUUGCUAAUUAAGUACUGGAAGUUCGUGAGACUCACUUUAAAUUUUGUAGGAAUUAUACUUUUCACCAAUGAACUACAAUUUCAGCAAAACCAGAGACUGUAGAAAUAUUGAAACCCGAAAAAUGCUGAAUUUUCAGCAAUGGGAGCUAAAACCUAGUUGUUGUCAGUGGAACGAAAAAUCCUACCUGAAAAAUCAAUAAUUCCAAAACAAAGUUAUGCAUCUGCAUUUUAUGAAUAGGGCAAAUUGAGAAAAAAAGAGCUAAAAUUCGUUGGAAAGGAAACGGGGAAAGACGAAAUGUGGAGGUCGGGAGCGCGAAGUGCGCGUAAGGGAUGGAAGGAAGGAGUGAAAAGAUAACCCCUCCCACUUCCCUCGCGUGUUUCUCGCGUUCUAGCACGCCAGUCCGAUUUCUAGAUACAGAACGUUAGGGUUUAGCAAACAUCGCAUCUUAAGAAAUGCCCCAGUUAUAAUCGUCUCUGUUGUUUUGUUUCCUAGGUCAUCUAAUUGGUCCUGUAGUAUGUCAUAGUUUUUGUAAUUUCAUGGGAUUUCCUCAAGUUGAACAGGUGCCAAGCUCGAAAUUUCCGCGACGUAAGUUUUAUCAGGUGUUAUGCAUUUAACUUAAAUUAACGCGGUAGAAUUAGCUAAACGACACAGUUUUGCUUAAGCUUGAAAAUUUUGCCAUGAACUACGCCUCCUGCUCUUGUCGAGUAGCAGUGUAUUCGUUCUCGUUCCCUUCCAACUGAUAAGGAACUUUGGCAACGAAAGUCGAUCGGAACCAUGGGCUGAAAAGAACUCGAAUUCCAGCUUCCAUUUUGAACGCAUCUUGCUCGGUCCGGGCCAUUGCUGGAUUGUCUUGCACGAAUAAGUUGUUGUGUGGCUUGCGUCGUUGGGAAAAUAGGUCAGCAGCGCAAGGAACGGAAACACUAAAUGUUCAUAUUUAACUCCUCUCCAUCUACCAAAAUUAGCGCUCCAAACCUUCAGUUUUUUAACAUAUUUAAGCUAGCUUUUUUUAGCUGUUUUUAUCCUCGUCGAUUCCCUAAUAAUGCUCACGCCAUGAGUAUAAAACACUCUUGACUAAACAAAUGUUUUGUUUUCUAUUUUUUGCAGUUAUAACUGCGUCAUUUUUGAUUGGUCUUAUUUUGUUCCUGGUGCUAGCAUUACCACUGACCAACCCAUCGUGGUAUCACUCUGUGUAUUAUCAAGAACAGUUGCAAUAUAGGAUGACGCACAAGUCGUAAAGGCAUCACUACAAAUACAUCGCGGCAGUCAAAAUUAAAUAGUCGUUGGAGUAAUCGACUUUUAGUUUAGAAAAAAACUUCUUAAGGUCUGUUUCCGGCCUCAUUUGCUCCUGAAUUCACUUUGGGGACCUUUUGGAAUGUGUAACAAGAAUUUUUACCUCUUUUUCUAAAUUAUUUAUGCCCAAACUUUACUCAAUGCCAAUGAAUGAAAAUCAGUCAAGAAUUUUUUACCUACAAGUAAGAUUCUCGAAAUUUCUGUGGAUACAAUUGUAAAUUAUAUGACUGUUAGAGUCACAGCAGAUCACUUCCCAGGGAAUAAUGGAAUAAAAGAGGUUGCAGUUAACUAUAAUAGUUUGAGUAAACCCUUUUUAAAAAUAUUUAAGUGGGAAAUUGAUGAUGUAAACCGAGUCGUUAUUUCACAGCUGAAUGAAACAUUCUGGUUCUCUCGAUAUCAAAUAUAUGAC